ACUGGAACAGACCACCAUCCGGAGACCGAAGCAGCGUUAACACGCACCUGGAACUUUGGGUUGAAGUGGAUGAAAGGUUCCAGCGAACACAGACCUCACAGGGGGAUGUUAUCCUGAUGCUUUGAGGAAGACAGAAAAGUCUCGGCAAGGCCGAUGUGUGACCGAAAAAGCUCCAGGAGGCAUGCUGGGAAGCGGGAGUCUCGUUCGUCCAGUGGAGCAGUGGAGGGAAGUGGUGGUGGUGGUGGUGGAGGAGGAGGAGUGGAUGGUCCCACGCUCCUGGUAGAUGUUAAGGAGUUUCUCGCUAAAGCCAAAGAAGAUUUCCUAAAAAAAUGGGAGAACCCAGCACAGAACACUGCAUCUCUGGAACAGUUUGAGAGGUUGAAGACCUUGGGCACAGGCUCGUUCGGUCGAGUCAUGCUAGUCAAGCACAAAGAAUCAGGCCAGCAUUUUGCCAUGAAGAUCCUUGACAAACAGAAGGUGGUGAAACUUAAACAGAUAGAACACACGCUGAAUGAGAAACGCAUCCUUCAGGCGGUCAGUUUCCCAUUCCUGGUGCGAUUGGAGCACUCAUUUAAGGAUAAUACUAACCUGUAUAUGGUAAUGGAGUAUGUUCCUGGGGGCGAGAUGUUUUCUCACUUGCGUAGAAUCGGACGGUUCAGUGAGCCUCAUGCUCGAUUCUACGCCGCCCAGAUAGUUCUGACCUUUGAAUACCUUCAUUCGCUUGAUCUUAUCUACCGAGAUCUGAAGCCUGAAAACCUGCUUAUAGACCAGCAGGGCUACAUACAGGUAACAGAUUUUGGAUUUGCUAAACGUGUAAAGGGCAGGACCUGGACACUGUGCGGCACUCCCGAGUACCUGGCGCCCGAAAUCAUCCUCAGUAAAGGUUAUAAUAAAGCAGUAGACUGGUGGGCUCUGGGUGUGCUCAUUUAUGAAAUGGCUGCCGGUUACCCUCCCUUCUUUGCCGACCAGCCCAUUCAGAUCUACGAAAAGAUCGUCUCGGGGAAGGUUCGCUUCCCCUCUCAUUUUAGCUCGGACCUGAAGGACCUGCUGAGGAAUCUGCUUCAGGUAGACCUGACAAAGCGCUUCGGUAACCUGAAGAACGGCGUCAAUGACAUCAAGGGCCACAAAUGGUUUGCAACCACCGACUGGAUCGCAAUCUACCAGAAGAAGGUGGAGGCCCCCUUCAUCCCCAAGUGCAAAGGCCCCGGAGACACCAGCAACUUCGACGACUACGAAGAAGAAGAAAUCCGGGUCUCUUUCACAGAGAAAUGUGGAAAGGAGUUUGCUGAAUUCUAGAAGCGGCAGCGGCAGUGGGGGAGCAGAGAAGAGAUGGAGAGAAUUAAAUGUGGGGCAACAAAGAAAGAGUGAAGAAAAUAUAUUUUCCAGGGAGAGCUGAUGAGAGACUGGACUGAGCCUGUAUCCGGUAACAACGACAACAACAACAAAAACAGCAGUGUAGAGCCCUCGCACAGCGACGAAGGGAGACAAACAGAUAGUCCCAAGAGAGCGCCAGCAGUGUUGCCUUUUCAGAUCCUUCAUCACUUGUUACUUAUCCAUUUUCAUCUUUUCUCUCUUGUUUGGUAGCCAGGGUCCACUGGGCAGAGAUACAGUCACUUCUACAAUUGGCUGGCAUGGGGAUAUUUGUGACUUGUUUUGUUUUUCAGAGUUAUAGAGGUUACUUUCCGGUACUGAAUUUUGGCUUCUCCAGAGAAAAUUACCCUUUAUUUAAUUUUUUUCAUCAGCAGAGGUGUCCUUGCUCUGUAGUUCUUCGUCCUGUCACACCUUGUUUAUUUGCUGUGCAUCUGCCCAUCUACAAGUACAGUGUUCGAGAGCUCUGACUUGUUAGAGAUAUCACCCGUUUCCCAACUGAUUUUCAAGCAUCACAUCGCCAACCAUUUUCAUCUUAAUGUACAAAUGUUAAUUUGACGCUACUUUAGGUUCCUACUUUAGGUUCAGAGUUGACUUCUUAGUACGAAGAUUAAAUUCAGAUGAUUCAUUGUUCUAGAUAUGAUCAGUGUAGUAUUGUUCACGGGACCUGAUAGUUCUGGAUAGUUCACACAUCAUUGCCAAACAUCCUUUUUAUUUUGCAUACUAAAUGUCCCCAAUUUUCAGCGGUCACCUUGUCAUAAAGAUAAAAAAUGCCCAUCAGCAUCACUUCAUAUUAUUAAUCUGUAGCAUGUACAGGUAUACUUGAAAUUUAUUCUACAUCAUUUUAUACAUCUUGUCCAUCUUUUCGAUUCCGAAGAUAGACAUCCCUAAACAAAUCUACACAAAACUAAAAUGUAAAGGAACCAUGAAGUAAGUUAGUCAAGCACAAAGGCUUGUCGGAGUUAUUAGAAUGAUGCUUUUAAUGGAAAACGGUGAUACAGGACGCGGUUUCAGUGGCCACUGGAUUCCUGGUCUUUUUUUCUGUCGUUUUUCCAUUAUUUAAUUCAAAAGUCUUGUUUUUUAACCCUGCAGAUCAAGUGAAUAAUGCUUAUCAACAAGCUCAUCUGAAGGUGAAUUUAGGCAAACUUUGGAUAGACUUCACGCUUAAAGGCUUUUCUGAUGAAUCUGUCCGUUUUUGUCUUAAAGCUCAUCCAUCAGUGCUAUUGUAGACUUGAAUGUGUAUAAUAGUGAUAUUGACCAGUCAACCUGUUGAUAUCAUCCAACAAAUGAAUCGGACUUUCACAAGGAAAAUACCUUCUAUCUUGCUCUUUAACUUCGUAGGAUGCAAGACAAUCUACAAGCGAAAGACUUGACUUUUUUUUUAAGUUCCAAGAAGUGGGAAGUAACAGUCUGUUGCGGCGAUUUUAGUUCUUUAUGCGUAAUGAAUAUUAUAUUAUAGAAGUUGUUGAAGGUACAGUGUGUAAUUUCUAUGCUUUUUUCUAGUGGUGCCGAACGGAAGUGCAGUUUUAUGUUCAUUUUUGGUUUGGCCAAUUUUGAGCCCUAUGUUACAAUUGGCAAAACCAGUGGUGUAAGAUUUGGUGGUACCUGGUCAAUGGCUGACGGGAAAUAGUUUCAAACUUAUUUUUUGCUGUUGUUGCAUUUCUGUGUGGUGCCCCUAGUGGCACAGAUAUUACACACAUUGCCUUUUCAGACGUUGGCUAUCGCUUGCAGCUUGAUCCUACACAAGUCAUCUGUUCAUUAGCAAUUGGGUGAUUUGCAUUUGUGCUCUAAAUGAUUUGAUGUUUUGUUAUAUAGCAUAGUGUAGAUUCAUUUUAUUUGACGUUCUCAAAUGACAGAUUGGUGCCAGCUCAAUGUAUGUAUUUCAAGCGAAUCUUUGUAUGUCUUUUAUUACCUGACGUAUCUAUUGAACACUGGUUGGCUAUUCAUUAAAGAUGCCAUUUUAAUUUGCAGUACGAGAAAAACAAUGUUCUCAGAAAAUGUCACCGUAACUUGCCAGAUGUACAACCGAAAUGUUAAUGCAACGCAGGCUUUGGCUAUUCGGUUGUGCGUUUAGGAAAAGAUUCAAGCAAAAGGCAGAUGUUUUUAAUUCUUAAAAGCUUUACGGCUUUUUUUGUCUGUGUCUCUUGGCACCUUCUAGCUGUUGCAGGGACCUUUGCUCACCUGGUUUUUUGAGACUUCACAAGGUGUCAAACAGUGGGUGUAGGCAUGAGAGAAAUGACUCCACCUCUCGCUCCUGAAUAGCUGAAAAAUGAAACGAAACAAUCAGUGUUUGAGGAACGCUAGUGUACAUUUUGGUUGUUCGUCUGCAAUGGUCUUUUGCUGCUGGAAAAACACAAGACUACCAACUGAUGCACUGAGUUAGAUGAUGUACAGGUUACGCUUUUUCCCUCAUCUUUAAGAAUUGCUGCUUUGUGAUAUGGAAGCGGCAUCUCGUAUGCAGCCGUGAUUCUAAAAGCAUUUUAAAUCAAUGACCGAAUAUAACUGCUCAGAUGCACCUUUCAUUAUACAUCUGUUUGUCGGAGCAUGUGAUAUUUCUGGUGGUAUUCAGAUAAGGUCACACCCUCUGUGUCCACCUGGUUCUCUAGCCCCGCCCAUCCCUUAAAAAAUGGUUCAGACACAUAAGUCCCUCAUUUAUCUGUCUCAUGUGCAUUGUCGAUCAUAUUUUUCGUGUGCAUCCCUCCAUAAUACAGUUUGCCUUUGUACACAUCCAGUUUCCUACACUCUUCUAUUUGCUUUUUAAAGAAAUCACAAAGAAAACGAUUGAUUUACUUUUGCAUAUUUUCUAAGUGUAUUUUCAAUAACAGGAGUCUCUUUCCUCCCGACUUGGUUAUGGUGAUGGUGUAGUCUGUUGUACCUUUUCGGGAAACAAUACUGUAUAUUCUCUGCCUUUAACAGUCUUAAUUAUUUUACCUUCUGGAGAGGUUGACGGAUACCUGUAGGACACAUCGAGUAUGUUUAAAAAAAUUCACAGAAUAAUAUUUUGCAACAUGUAUCAUUCCAAUAAAGUUUUAAUUGUUAAAAUUA